ACCCGUCAUCUUCCCCACCCGCUCCCAAACCCUAGCCGACCUCGCCGGCGGUGGGCUCUCAGACGAUGGAGACGGAGGGGGCGGUCCCCCCGCCCAAGAAUCCUCGCCGCCCCCGGCGCCGCGACCUCAACGCACUGUUACCGAUGCCACUUUGAUGCUGUAGAAGAUAAUUUUGCGGUUGAAACGGUUUCCUGAGGGCAUGUACAUGCAAGGUGCUUAUUAAUGACCGCGUGAAGAGAGAGAAUAUAGCCACAUCAUUAAGCACCUGGAGCAUGUAAUUCAUCUACGGAACUACUGCACGUCCAAUACUUGGUGUCCGACCUUGCUAUGAUGGUCAAUCCAGAUCCAUAUUUAGAGGAAUCUGAUGGACAGGACAUUGGCAUUCCAGAAGUUGGCAUGGUGUUCAAUAACCACAUGGAGGUCAACCGAUUCUACCGUAGGUAUGCCCGUCGUGUUGGUUUUGGUGUCUCGGUUAGGAGGUCCUCGUUCUCACAAGAAGGCACCUGCUUAUAUCUCGAGCUGAUGUGCUGUAAAGGAGGGCGUCCACGUUAUGAGCCUAAGUUCAGGAAGCGGGCCUCAUCAACCACCAAUUGCCCAGCAAGGAUCCGUGUGAAGUUAUGGGGAGACAAAUUGUUGCAUGUAGAGUUGGCAAACCUUGAUCACAAUCAUCCUGUGAGCCCAGCAAUGGCAAGGUUCUUGAACUCUUAUAAGCAGCUUUCUGGCCCUGCGAAGAGGCGGCUGCGUAUGGGUGGACCUGGAGCUAUGCCAGUUGAAGAGCCAAGCAAGAUGCCUGUUGAUAAGUUGGGUGCACUCGAGGAACUUCUGUUUGGAGAGAGCAAGAACCAUAGUUUUGUUGAGAGGGGCCGUUUGAAGCUCCAACCUGGAGAUUCAGAAGCACUUCGACUUUUCUUUACCCGAAUGCAGGCCAAAAAUGCAAACUUUUUCAAUGUUAUCGACUUGGAUGAUGAAGGCUGUGUCAGGAAUGUUUUUUGGGCGGAUGCAUGGUCAAGAGCCAUGUAUGAGUAUUAUAAUGACGCUAUCACCCUUGACACUUCCUAUGUGGUUAGUAAACAUGAUAUGCCUCUUGUGACUUUUCUUGGGGUGAAUCAUCAUGGCCAAUCUGUCUUGUUGGGUUGUGGCCUGCUCUCUGAUGAAACAGCAGAAACCUAUACGUGGCUGUUUAAGGCGUGGGUAGCAUGCAUGUCUGGCAACCUUCCAAAGGCUAUCAUCACUGACCAAUGCAGGGGCAUCCAGAGUGCAGUUGCUGAGGUUGUUCCUGGAGUUCGCCAUAGAAUAUGCUUGCAUCAGAUAAUGAAGAAGGCGGCAGAGCAAUUAAGUGGGCUAUCAGAGUACAAAGCUAUCAGCAAGGCAUUGCAAAAGGCUGCAUAUGAUUCUUUAACAGUAGAUGAGUUUGAAGGUGAAUGGAGUACUUUGAUCACAUACAAUGGGCUUCAGGGUCAUGACUGGUUAAGAUCACUUUAUGAGUGCAGAUUUUCAUGGGUUCCUAUCUUUCUUAAAGAUGCUUUUUGGGCAGGAAUGUCUGCUACACAAAGAAGUGAAACUAUCACUCCUUUCUUUGAAGGGUAUGUUGAUUUGAAAACCUCUUUGAAGCAAUUUCUUGGUAAGUAUGAGAUGAUUUUGCAGAGCAAAUACGAGAAAGAAGCCCAAGCAGAUUUUGAGACAUUUCAUAAGCAACGUCCACCUGUUUCAAAAUUCUAUAUGGAAGAACAGCUCUCAAAGGUAUACACCCAUAACAUGUUCAAGAAGUUGCAAGAUGAGAUUGAAGCCAUUAUGUACUGCCAUGUAUCUUUGAUGAAUGGUGAUGGGCCCAUCUCCACAUUUAAUGUCAAGGAAUGUAUUUUCCUUGAAGAUGGUAAAAGGACUAUGAGCAAGAUUUUUGCAGUUACUUAUAACACAGAGGAAAAGGAUAUAACUUGUAUAUGUGGAGGUUUCCAAUUUAGCGGCAUAUUAUGUAGGCAUAGUCUCUCCGUGCUCAAGUUUCAACAGGUUCGUGAAGUUCCUUCACAGUAUGUUCUUGAUAGGUGGAAAAAGGAUUUUAGACAGUUACAUGUGAUGGGACGACUUUCAAGUGAUGUUGUUCCCGACAAUCGUGUGGAUAGAUAUGACUAUUUGUCGAUGAGAUGCCUGCAGCUUGUUGACUCUGCAGUCCUGUCAGAUAAGUAUCGCCUUGCUUUGAGGCUGGUGAGAGAGGUUGAGAAGUUCUUAUUAAAUAGCAAUACACAUGAUGAUACACAGCCAAGGAUCAAGUCUCGCAUUCCUAAAGUAAAACCAAAUACAGUGACUGGUCAAAAUUUGGUGAAUGUCGUUACUGACAAUGGGAAUGGUGGGCCCAAAGGACCAGAGGCUUCUGCAUCAGCGCAAGCAUCACAAAUCCAGAAGGGAGUAGCAGAAAAGGCUGUAGUUCCUGCUGGUUACAUUGGUGUGCCAGCUAACGUCCAGCAAUUCAUGGGCAAUCAAGCUGCAAUGCGCCCAAGUAUUGUUUACAUGGUUCCGAGUGGCGUUGACCCUCAGGCAUUUGGAAAUGGUGUUUUGAUGCCAGUGAUGUACCAGCAGAUGUUCCAGAUACCUCAGCAGCCAAACGGAGCCGCGCAAGACACAUUAGCAAACGGUAAAAGGAAGCGACCCCGUGCCCAGAAGCCAACAGAGACAUCUCAUCAGUCAAAUGGAACCUCAGGACCUGCAGCUGGCUAAGGGCACUCUUCCCAUUUAAAUCAGAAUUCACAACAGGAGUUGGUAAAUAUGCAGAGAAAGAGGAGUCCUGAUGCCAAGAGGAAUCUUGUGUAGGCAUGCUGGCAGUGAGAAGCGCGCACCUCGACGAUCGCAGGCGGUGACCCUCAAGCAUUUGUGCGGCCCGAUGCCAUCUUCAUUUGGGUCAUGCUGCUUCAGUCCUGCCAUGUGUAGAAGACAGUUAUCUUUUGAUUGAUGUCGAUUCCAGCAACAUUAGCAACAUCUAAUCUCCUGCGCCGAGUGUGGCUGUGGCUCUUGUUGAGGGCAUGUAAAUGAUUUUUCUUAACCGAUCAUGUAAAUGAUUUUGCUGAAUGAGCCCUAUCCUGUCA